AUGGAAAAGAAAAAGAUCCAGUUCUCCCUUUCUUCAUCGUCGUUGUCAUCUGCAUCAAAACGCUCAACGGCCCCUGCCUUCUUAGACGAUAAGAAAAACAAAGAAAAGGAAAAAUCUACCGAAAUAACGGCAAGCAUCUCGGACUUGUCUGAUUUACAAAAACCUCUUUUAGACCCAUUAAGAAAGGUCAUUCCGUUGCCCCGUUCACCAAACGGAGCCGCUCCUGUUAAAGAGUCUUCUCCAAAUCCUUGUGUCAAGUAUGUGGCUUCAGGCACAUCUCCUGAUCUAUCGAAUAACGGCUCAAAAUAUGGGCUUUUGAUACCUAAUGUCCAGCCAAAAGAAGAUCCGGUCAAGCAACGUAGGACGCCCCUUUUUGUCAAGCCUCCAAAAGAUGAAGAUUUGUAUUCUUUGUCAAAUACAACCAUGGAUGAUUAUGAAGAGAUGCCCGUAUCCGACUUUGGAGCUGCAAUUUUGCGCGGAAUGGGCUGGGAUCCCGAUGUUUCGCCACAACCCAACUCAUCCCGUUCCACCAUUAGAAAAAUACGUCCAGGAUUUUUAGGAUUAGGCGCAGAYUCUACCAAUGUUUCUUUUGUUCAAAAGAAAARACAAAAAUGA